AUGUGCUGCCCAGAGGUGUCUCCCACCUUCCUCAUAGGACUCAUGUGCUUGACAGCUUUCAGCAACUUUGCUAAGACUUCUGCAGACUUCUCAGGUUACAUAUCACAAGUACUAAAGAAUUACACUGACCAUGCCUGUGAUGGAGAAUAUGUCUCCCUGAGAUGUCCUCACAGAACCACCAUCAGCAUCCAGUCUUCUUUUUAUGGCCGAAUUGUACCAAGUCAUCAGAUGUGUCCUUCUCGCUAUCCCCACUCCUAUGCAACUUUAAUUAAAGAAGAUGUUGCCUGUUCAGUUGGCACUUCCCUUCAGAAGAUGCUGGACGAGUGCCAGGACAGGCGGAGCUGCCAGUUUCUUGUCAAUAACCGGCUGUUCGGUGCAGAUCCGUGCCCUGGAACCGGCAAGUACCUCAUCGUGUGGUACAAGUGCAGGCCAAAUGAAUACAAGAGUAAAGUAGCCUGUGAAGAUGACAAGCUGAGGCUAAGCUGUAAGAAGAGCAUGGUGAUAGCCAUUUACUCUGCUAUCUUUGGAAGGACACAAGGAGGCAGCCUGGAGUGCCCAUACCAAAACCUGCGGAUGCCCAUGAUUGAAUGUCAAUCAGCUACUGCUCUCCAACUCAUGAUCAAGCGCUGUCAUGGGAAAAGAAGUUGCAGCAUAUAUGCCAGCACCUAUGAAUUUGGAGAUCCUUGUUACCCGGGCAUCCAAAAGCAUCUUAAUGUCAUCUACACCUGUGUUCCCAAGAAGCUUCUGCAUGAAACCCAGCCAAGACCAACCAAUUACCAAGGAUUUCAGAAGCCACAUUUUCCACUGCGGCCAAGAGUGUUUGAUCCCAAUGUUAUAGGGGACGGCGUGUUCCUUUCUGAUGUCUCUCCUUCCAACAUAGGGCGAGCUCUCCCAGCAGAGAAGAAGAAAGGGAGAUCGGCCACCUUCUACCCUCUAGACAACACCCCCUUCCUGCUUCCUGUGGAUGAGACACAACCGCCGGCGCUCAACAGCAGCAUGGAGCCUGUGGGCGUUAGCACAGAGAUGGCACUGCUCAGCAACAUCCUAGCAGCGUAUGCCUUUAUCACAGAAAACCCCGAGCGGGCUGCUCUGUAUUUUGUCUCUGGAGUGUGCAUUGGACUCGUCUUGACCCUGCUGGCCCUGGUGCUAAGGGUGUCCUGCCGAACUGACUGCAAACGCUCCUCCGCGAAAAAACCUCCUCGGGAGCGGGAGAGCGACAGCGACAGCAGUGACAGCGAUGACGAUUCGGACACCACUUCAGACCUGUCAGCCCGCAGGCACCGCAGGUUUGAGAGGACUUUGAACAUGAACGUCUUCACUUCGGCGGAGGAGCUGGAGCGAGCUCAGCGGCUGGAGGAGCGGGAGCGCAUCAUCCGGGAGAUCUGGAUGAACGGCCAGCCGGACAUCCCAGGGACCAGGAGCCUCAACCGCUACUACUAAGCGAUGGAGAGUCCAACCACCCUGCCCUGCACCCUGGGGCUCCUCCACACAUGAUAGAAGAGAGGGAGAGAAGGAAUAUUAUGUGGGUGUCUCCCCUUUUCCUUUCAGGCGUACUACCUGGAGCAGUGUGAAUGGACAGCAAUAAAGCUUUCCCUGUCUCCUUCUCCCUGACAUAUUGCUAUCACCCCUCUUCACAGACACUUUCUGGUUUCAACAGAGGUGGUUGCCAACUUCAUUUCUUAGUAGCAGGCAGGAAGGUGACAAUUACAGUCCUCCCGUGUGGGACAUUGAGUUUGGCAUGCUGCGGUACGAGUGCUCCUCUCUUGGCUGAGGAGAGAAGUCGUCCACAUUUUGGUGUUCAUUUAGGAUUUUUUGGUUUCCCUUUCCUGAGGACUGUGGGAGAAUUGUGAACAAAACGACAAAUCUGGAAAGAUGAUUUGGGAAGGGAGG